AUGUCCUUCUUUGGAUUCGAUCCAUCAGGGCCUCCCUCUUCUGGAGAGAAGGACCAGAAACUGGACACGCUCGAUUUUGAGGAAACCUACGAGGGGCUCGGAGAGCAAGAUGAGGACGCUUUCAAUGACGAGACGUUUGGAGCCGACGUGAAGGAAAUCGGGUCCAAUUUUGAUUUCACUGGCGGUCUCAAGCCCGCCUCGAAACCCCAGACUGUCGAUCCGAAUUUGUCCUACGCAAAGGCCGCCCAAGUCGACCAGGUGAUCGCACCAAUGGCGUCUCUGUGGAACGACGAAGCGAAAACAGCCGACUCUGCGUCUUCGCAGCCAGCCUCAGACCAAAAGGUGUUGUCUCUCGAAGAGAUUGAAGCGAAACUCCGCCAACCUCAACAACAGGUGCCUCAGAUGCCUCAGAUGAAUCCUUACAUGUAUCAGCAGCAACAGCAACUUCUGGUUGCGGCCAUGGCCUCCGGACAGUUCCCUAAUCCUGCAGCCGCUGCCCAGGCAUUGGCACAAGGUUACUUCCCUCCGUUCCAACCAGGAGUGAUGCCUUUCAUGCCAUUCCAAGUGCAGCAGAUGAUGCAGCAGGGUGCUUUGGCUCAAGGACAACAGCCCCAGCAACUGCAAACGCCAGCAUCAGGUCUCCAAGUGCCUCAGGUGCCUCAAGUGCCUCAGGUGCCUCAAGUGCCUCAAGCGCCGCAGUCUGCUCCAGCUCCAGUUGAGCAACAACAACAACAGCAACAGCAGCCACCAUUGCAAGCUCCUCAGGCUCCCCAGGCUCCUCAGGCUCCUCAGGCUCCUCCUGUGCAAAAUGCUGCUGUCCCACCUCCUCAGCCAGUACAGCAGGUCAGUUCGAGCGAUGCUACGGGAAACUUCCCUCCCCUGGGCUCCGAGGAGAAACCACGGAAGCAAAGACCUCAGAGACAGAAUCUGGAGAAUUUAACACAAGAAGAGAAAGAGAAACUCUGGAGAAGACAAAACAAAGUGUCUGCAAUCAUCAGAUGUUCUGGAUUCAUGAACCCAAGAGACAAGGAUUUUGUGACCAGAGUCCAACUUUCUCAGAUUGUCACUGACGAUCCAUACAAUGAGGACUUCUAUUGUCAAGUCUACCGAGUGUUGAACUCCUCUGUCGGCGAAGACGAUAUGAGCUCCAUUGCACAGAAAUACCUAGAUCAGUCCGGGCACAGGUUGGGAGGCCGGGAGAAGAGGGCCGAUGUGGCCCUACAGAGAAUGCAACAGCAAGUUUCUAAGGCCGUCACUGUUGCUAAGGAGCGCGGAGAAAGAACCGGAGUGCUUGCGAAAGAAGGCGCUUUGGGCAAAGUGUCUGUUGGUUCUGGCAAGCAGCCAAGAAAGCAACUGGUUAUCAAUGCCACGGGAAAUUCCGGCGAGGUUGUUGUUCCAAAGGAGAACGUGUACUCGAGAUCUUCAAGAGCUUUCCAGCUGUCUGUGAUUGAAGACAUAUACUCCCAGGUUCUGAAGCUUGAAUCUUUGGAGCGUGAAAACCAAGACCGUGAUUCAAAGGACCUUUGGAAUGCUCUUCGUCUCAAUGACAAGAUUCAAACUUCCAAUACUGUCGUUUCUCCCUUCAUUUCGGUGCUGUCUAUCGACAAGGCGAUGAAGCUGUUCAAUAGACUAUUCCAUUUCCUCGAUACCGAGCAAAGAACCCAGCUGAUGGAGGCGAUAUUUGCCAAUCUGCACAACAUCGACGUGGUUAUGAAAGGCUCGUACGCCAACUACGUGAAUGAAAACUACGAGAUUCCAAAAACAGAAAAAAGUAAGAUUGAGCUCUUCCAGAUGACCGUCAUGAAAACACUAGUGCUCUUUGUCAGCGAAUCGGACUUUCAGCAGGUUCUACGGUUUGUGGCUUUAAUCGUGGAGGGCGGAAGUAACAACGUGCUAUUUUUGUCCACGACGAAAAUAGGGCUCUCGCUGAUCACCAUACUUGUUUCGAGACUGGAGCUGAUUAAGCAGGAAUACUCGACCGGACUCAGUCCGCAGGACCUCGCCCAGUGGCAGACCAUCUACGACCACCUGUUCCAAGCAUUGGAAGGCAGACUGGCUACUAUCUUCCCACCAUACCUUUCGAACGAUGAUUCGCGUAAGGUGCGUAAUUCCGAGUCCAAGAGCGACGAUUCUUACAUCUGGCAGUUUUUGGCCUCGCUUUCACUUGCAGGUCUACUGAGUCAUCAAAGAAUAAUCGUCGAUGAAAUCAGGAACGAGAUCUUUGGCAGCAUGGCUGUGAGCAAGGCUCUCAAGGAUUCUGGCGAUUUGCAGGGUGCUGAGAAACAUCUCUCAAAUCUCAAUCUUUUCCUCAAUGUGAUGGGACUGAAAGCCUCGGAAUCAGAUAUCACCGAACUAUAA